UCCGCCUAAUUGUGAUAAAUCCGGAGGGAGGGUGGCAGAACAGCCGGCGCUGGCAACAAGACACGAGGCUUGCAGGCUUCUGUCCGCAGAAUUUCUGAAUUUCUCGGCAUUAUUUCACCAAAAUCGUGGCCAAGUGGCAGCCUGUGGCGUCCCUUUGCUCCCAUAGCCUCAGGAAACGGAAUAGAACCCGUGACCACUAGAUUGAAUUUGCCGGCACAGUUCGCUACAGCUCGGCGGGAUUCGAACCAUUGACCUUGGGUGCACCACCAGGCGUAGUUUGAUCGGCUUGAUACCGUAUUUUGGCAAUCGAUCGUCCAGGGACGUGUCCCGGAGAAAGCCGAUCUGCGAAGAUGUCUGCAGCCGAGCAAGCCGGGACGUCCUCAAGUUCUUCCUCCAACUCUUCUCGAAGACCCAAGGACCAGAGAGACAACAACCUUAAGCUGCUCAAGUCCACCAAGGCGCUGUCCACCAGCGCUAAGAGGAUCCAGAAAGAGCUGGCAGAAAUCACGCUGGACCCACCACCCAACUGCAGUGCUGGUCCGAAGGGCGACAACCUGUAUGAAUGGGUGUCCACCAUCCUGGGGCCGCCUGGGUCUGUGUACGAGGGCGGAGUUUUCUUCCUGGACAUCCACUUCUCUCAAGACUAUCCCUUCAAACCUCCUAAGGUGACAUUCCGGACCCGUAUCUACCACUGUAACAUCAACAGCCAAGGUGUGAUCUGUCUGGACAUACUGAAGGACAACUGGAGCCCCGCCCUCACCAUCUCCAAAGUCCUGCUGUCCAUCUGCUCACUGCUAACUGACUGCAAUCCAAAUGACCCUCUAGUUGGAACAAUUGCCACACAGUAUACCAACACGAGAGACGAACAUGACAGGAUAGCUCGCCAAUGGACAAAGAGAUACGCCACAUAAUGCACCAUGUUGCAUUCUCCGAGCCAACCCUUCUUCUUAAAAUAUGUUGAUGGCUGGACUAUAACAGAGUGCUUUACUAGCCAAUUUAGAGCCAGACUUAGUAAUGCAUAACUCAUGUGUACAUGUGCUAAUGCUGUAUAGUCAUUGUACAAGAUGAACUGUGAAAUCUUCUUGUCUGGCCAUUGGAAUGUAGUCUUUUAUAUCACAGACAAAUCUACACUGUGUUUGGUCAUUUCUUGCCUUGGACAACACAAGGGAGUCAUCCUUAUCUGAUUUAAGUGUCAUCCUGCCAAUACUGUGUAGAAUUUGUCUCAAUAGUUGCAAUACCAAGUGUUCAGUCAGGAGUGGAACUUCAGUACAUUUUUAGAGCCAAAGUUGAAAAUGGAGUCACCACAGAAAAAACAUGACUUUCAAUAUAUGUAGAGACAGCUCCCUUUUGAAUCACAUUCAAAGACAAGUGUGUAUAGUGAUUUCUAUACCCAUAAAAUUCAAGAACAAAACUUAAAGCUUUGAUGAAAAAUAACUGGUGCUGUCUGCAUACAGGGAGUGUUCGACAGAGAUUGAAAUGUAUUGUUUUAGCACGUGUCAAGUAUAGGAUUGUUGCGUAUAUGCGCUGUGUAUACAUUAGGCCACAAGUUUGCACGAGUAUUGUAACUGCACAUAUCACUGCUCAGGACGAUUUCACUGUUAAGAAGAGAUGCAGUCAAAAUCAGAAAUCUUUUUGGAAAGAAGUGCUUUGCUACGGGUCAUAACUUUAGAUUAUGUUAGCCAGCAAAAGGUACUGCUGCAUGUAAUGUAAGGGUAUAGACAAAGGAUUUAGAACCAUUAAUAUUUGCUGAGGAUAAAAAGUAUUAAUACUGGUUGAUGCAAGGAAACUGUCAGGAAAAAGAAAAACAA